UACAACACGUGUGGUUUGGUCUUUCUCCAACGCGUGGAUCGAUUAAAUAAUAUCAGAGAUGAGUUACAGAGGUGGUGGAGGUGGAGGCAGUUGGAGAGGAGGAGGAGGAGGUAACCGGGGAGGGAAUGGAUACCGGGGAGGUGGCGGUGGUCGUGGAGGGGGUGGGGGUUUCCGAGGGGGGCGUGGCGGCCGAGGAGGAGGAAGAGGGGGAUUUGGACAAAGCUACGGACCACCAGAUGAAGUUGUUGAAAUUGGUGAAUACGUGCACCCCUGUCAGGAUGACAUGGUGGUGAAGGGAACUAACGAUAAGAUCCCAUACUUCAACGCACCAAUCUUCCUUCAAAAUAAAGAACAGAUCGGCAAGGUGGAUGAGAUCUUCGGCCAUCUAACAGAAUACUAUUUUUCUGUCAAGAUGUCGGACAACAUGAAAGUGUCUUCCUUCAAUAAAGACCAAAAGUUUUUCAUCGAUCCAAUGAAGCUUCUCCCCUUACAGCGCUUCCUCCCUAAGCCUCCUGGCUCCGUUUCAAAGAGAGGGGGUAGAGGAGGGCGAGGUGGGGGCGGAUUCCGCGGAGGAAGAGGAGGAAGAGGUGGCGGAGGUGGUUUCCGAGGACGAGGAGGUGGCGGAGGAGGUUUCCGUGGUCGAGGAGGCGGUGGUGGUGGCUUCCGUGGAGGUGCUGGUGGUGGCUUCCGUGGAGGUGCUGGAGGUAGAGGCGGCUUCAGUAGAGGAUUCCGCGGUGGAAGAUGACGAGUGUGACUGGGAACUACUAGAGCUGAAUCAUAAAUGUUUUCUUUUUUUUCUUUUAUUCUGCUGUAAAUAUUUAACAACUUUUGAUAAUAAAAGUUUGACAUUAUUUUAAACAAAUCAACAUUAUUGACAAAUAAAGAAACCCCAGACCAUCCUUGACAACAUACCUAGCAACAUCACAACCCAUUUUCAGAUGGUGGACACCUUUUAAUUUGCAACGGUUUUGACUUUGUGAGGGUGUGGGAUCCAAAUUUACAUGAUGCAAAACAAGUAAAACAAAUAAAACAGUUUUUUUCAUUGUUGUUUUCAUGUAUUUAGUAAUUAAUACAAGAAAGCAACUUACAUAGAGUCUAAAUAAGAAAAAACCCGAUUGUGAUGUAAUAAUACAGUAAAUUGCACUUUUUGGGUUUGGGUAUGGCCGUAUCCAAAUCGGCAGAAACAGCUAUGCUUGCUGUUAAGAGUGUUGUUAAGGAUGUCCUAUACUUCAAUGCUGUGGACACUGUUGGUAAUUACUCAAAAUAAUUAUUAGCAUAAAGCCUUCC